AUGCAGAGUGGAAAGAUGGGGCAUCCAGUGGACUCUAGCACAUGGAAGUUUCUUGACAACAAGUAUAAGGAUUUUUCAGCAGAGUCUCGCAAUAUUCGAUUGGGUCUAGCUACAGAUGGGUUUAACCCCUUUGGCACUCUCAGUACGUCGUACAGUUCCUGGCCUGUUAUGUGUGUGACGUAUAACCUUCCACCAAAGUUAUGUAUGAAACCGCAGUUUACUAUGCUCACUUUGCUCAUUGAGGGACCACGACAGCCCGGGAAGGAUAUCGAUGUUUAUUUGGAGCCAUUGAUUGAUGAGUUACAAGACUUGUGGCGGAAAGGGAUCAUGACAUUUGACGCAUACCAUGGAAACAUGUUCAACAUGCGUGCCAUCUUACGGUGGUUGCCUCUAAACGAUAAAGCCAGAAAAGAUACAAGUGCAGGAACCUUCAAUAAGAAGGGGGAGUUGCGACCACAACCGAUUCGUCUGACUGGGGUUGAGGUGGAAAGCAUCGUUUCGAAACUAAAUGUGCAGUGGGGCAAGAUCGGAAAGAGGAAACAAAGUGGUACAGGAGGACGGGAACAAAAUGAUGAUGCAGAAUCAACAUGCUUCUUAAAGCGAUCCAUAUUAUACGAUCUGGAGUACUGGAAGGAUAUUCCCGUACGCCAUAACCUUGAUGUUAUGCACAUUGAGAAGAAUGUAUGUGAAAUCCUUAUUGCACUAAUGUUGAACACAACGGGCAAAACCAAGGAUGACGCUAACGCACGCAGAGACUUGAAGCGGCUAGGAAUUAAGAAGCGUUUAUGUGGGAAUUGGAAGAACAUCGUAAAGGAAGAUAGGGUUGAUUUAAAGGGAAUGAAGUCUCAUGAUUACCACGUAUUGAUGCAACAUCUGCUUCCAAUUUUGAUCCAACAUGCAUUCAAGGAUAAUAAGCCUAUGCGCACUAUAAUUAGAAGCUUCAGUACAUUUUUCAAUGCCCUAUGCUCGCGAAUCAUAGAUAUUGAAAUGUUAAUGGCUCUCGAGAAGGGCAUGGCUAGGACUUUAUGUGAGCUCGAGAUUACAUGUCCUCCUUCAAUUUUUGUUGUGAUGAUGCAUCUGCCUAUCCACUUGGCUUACGAGGCUCGCGUAUGUGGUCCUGUUUACUAUCGAUGGAUGUAUCCAUUCGAAAGGUUCAUGAAGACGUUUAAGGCGUACGUCCGCAAUAUGACACGACCUGAAGGUUGUAUAGCAGAACGAUACAUUCAAGAGGAGACACUUAUAUACUGCAACCAGUAUAGAGGGAAAAAUAACACGAGCCUCUUGGAGAAAUUGGAAAAGCGGUUAGACGGAUCAAUUUCAUUCAUGACGAAGUUACAAGAUAUUGUUGACGACUUCGAUGUUGACGUGGUUGGCCCAGUUGGCCCUGGUCAAAGUGUCGUUUUAGAAGGUAUUGAGUACGAACAGGCUCGCACCUGGGUACUGAAGAGUCAUCCUAACUAUGAGACAUGGCAAGGGAGAUAUGCAAAUUUCUUAAAGCAACGCAAUAUAGUUGUUGGGACUAGGACUAAGGUGGCGAGUGAUGAUGAGUUCAUACCUUGGUUGAAGAAACAGCUAGACUUGAGUGAAUCAAGUAAUGAAGUCUUCAGAGAUAUAGUUAGGGGACCAAAGGCUUUUGCGAUGCAGUACAAUAAAUAUUGUAUCAAUGGUUUCCUCUUCGUCACCAAGGAAUACGAAGAGAAUAAAAUGAACCAGAAUAGCGGUGUUAGCACAGAGAGUAUGACCACCUUCCGAUCUAGUGCUAAGGAUAAGAAUCCAGUGGAUGAAUCUGUACCUUAUUACGGAGUCCUCCGCAAAAUCAUCCAACUAGAGUACCGAGAAGGGUACAAGCCAGUUCUACUAAAGUGCGAUUGGGUGAAGGUGACGCACCAAGGUGUUUCUUUCGAUGCGGUAGGGAAUUUGAGACUGGUGAAUUUGUCUAAUCUUCUCAGUUCAGACCAAGUGGGUGAUGAGCCAUUUAUUCUUGCGGAGCAUGCCGUGCAAGUUUUUUAUUCUAGAGAUCCAAAACAUCCUAAUUGGCAUGUGGUCUUGGAGGUUCCAAGAAAGAUUUUCGUUGAAGAUGAGACAAGCAUUUUAUCAGAAACACGGGUUGUAACUGAGGCUGAAGUAGGACCUGAUCUCAUCGAAGUAGACAUGGGUGGCGAGUUGUUAUUCAAUGACAGUGAAGAUAUUUGUGUGGUUGUUGAAAAGAAAAAGAAAAGAAAGAGAGCUGGGAAAAAAUCCUGA